UCUCGCUUCACAAUCUCCCAUUUUCUCCGAUUUCCCCCAUCUUCUAAAUCCAUUUCUCAAUCAUCACCCCCAUAUUCAGUAGAAAAACCCAAACAAACAAAAAAUGGAUAUCUCAGAAAUUGCAAAAAAACUCGGACUCUCCGACUCAAAAAUCCUCAUCCGUAAAGCCGCCGAACUCCGUCGCCUCUGCGAUGUUCACUUCGAUUCCUCGAUCAUCGGCGUCGGCGAGGUUGCCAAAGCUAUCAUCUGUAUGGAGAUCGCGGCGACGAGGCUCGGUGUUCUCUUUGAUCGAUCGUCUGCUGUGAAACUCAGUGGAAUGUCUGAGAGAGCUUAUAUCAGAUCUUAUAAUUCACUUCAUAAUGGCAUCGGCGUCAAGUUGAAGCUAGAUGUGAGAGAAUUGGCUAUUCGAUUCGGUUGUGUGAGGAUUAUACCUUAUGUUCGCGAUGGUCUCAAGCUUUAUAAGGAUAGAUUUCUUGCUUCGUUGCCGGCUGCUCGCCGUGCUAGUGCCGAUUUUACUCGUCCGGUGUUCAUGGCUGUUGCUUUUUAUUUAAGUGCUAAGAAACAAAAGCUCAAAGUUGAUAAGAUUAAGUUAAUUGAACUUUGCGGUACUUCUGAAUCAGAAUUUUCUAGUGUUUCCACUUCUAUGAAAGACUUGUGCCAUGAUGUUUUUGGGGUAGCUAAAGAAAAGAAAGACCCUAAAGAAGUUAAGACCAAUAGAGAUUUGCUUGAUGUCUUACCAAGCAAAAGAAAAGCCGAGGAUGGUGGUUAUUUGUCUGAUGAUGGAGCAGAGGUUUCAUGUUAUAAAAAAAAGAAACAGAUGGAAACACAUGAUUAUGAGAAGUGGAAAUCUUCUGUCCUUGCAUCCAAUAAACAAGAUAAGAAAGUGCAUAGUAAGAAACCAAUACAGACAAGCCUCAACUUUGUCAAGGAAGCUCCUGAGACCCAGAAGUUGGAGGUGUUGUGAGAUGGUAUUGUUUUUACUGUGGUGAAAGAAGAUUACCUGGGAAGUUCGGUACUGUAUAAAUUAAAGAAUGAAAGUAACAGAGAAGUUGUCUAGUUGUGACUAUUUUUACAUAUAAGCUUCUCAGAUUUGUUGAAGUUGUCUUUUGGGGAAUUUCGGAAGCAUUAAAUUAUAGCAAGAACUGUGUACAUACUAUCAUUUUUUUAAAAACUUUCCUGAUAUUUGGCUUCAAAAUGUGUCACAUAGAGGUUCAUUUACCUGUACAAGACAGUAAUUCUGGGAAUCAGGGUGUCUGCAAUUUUCUUUGUAUUCAUACAUUUCUAUCUAUUUAAUCAGACCUUACUUGAAUGAAACUGUUGGUCCUUACCAUUGUAGUUUUUUUUUUGUUUUUGAUGAAGUGUAGUUUUCUUGGUAGAAGGAUUUAGUUUAUAAAUUGAUUUGGAGAAGGCUUACUAUUAAGAAGAUCCUAAAAGUCUCACAUUGGUUGGAGAUAGAGCAUUGAAAGAGUAUAUAUAGAGAGACACUCCUCACUUUACUAACCGGUUUUAUAAGGAUGAGUUAGGUCAAACUCUAAUAUGGUAUCAGAGGCUAUCGAUCGGACCAUGGCCCGCCAAUAAAAAGAGUAAUGGGUGUGAGGGGGUUUAUUAGGAAGAUCCUAAACGGGACAUCUUCAACAAUUUGGGUUCCCUCCUAUCAUUGUACAUCUUAUCAUGCAUUGUGUUUCAUCCUCUACCUUGUCUCUUAUUUGGAAUGGUCAUGGUUUUCGUCUUUCUCCCAUACCUUGCCCUUGCCAAGGGACCCCCUUUCCCCUAUCUUUUUGUUAUGUGCAUGGAAUUUUUAUCUCAUGCUAUUAUGAAAGCAAUUUAUAACAAUCAAGGGAA